UUUUUGAGAUCGAUGAGUUGGAGGCAAUUUGUCGGUUUCCCCCUCUGCAAGAAAUUGAUCAUAUAAAGCGAGGUGAAGCCAAGAAGGCGAAGAAGAGGAAAUUGCAGACAAUUGAGAGAAAAUGGCGUCGUCGUCAGAGGAGAACUUGAAGCAACAAUUGCAGGAAUUGCAGAAACAGCUUGGGAAGAAGCAGAUGUUCGAGGAAGCUGUUUUAUUGAUAAAGUCUCUGCUUGUUGACCACUACCCUUCUUCUUCACCUUCUCUGCGAAAAUUGUUUUAUUCAGUUGUAUGCCGGGUUGCUACUAUUUUGAGGACCACAUACACUGCUCCCGGGUUCUGGCUUGCUGGGCUAAGGCUUUUUGAGCAGGCUGAAUCCAAAUCCGUCUGAAGCUUCGGAAACGACCCCUUUAUAGCAAUCUCACUUCCAAAUUAAAAGGUCAUAAAUAAAAUUAGUCUUUCUAUAUA